AUGCCAUCAUCACCACCAGAAGCAACAUCACUAUCGGCGGGUGGAUCUCGAGCAGCUCCUCCGACAAUAACAACGGCGACUCCCUCACCACUCUCCAAUCCCCCUCCCAGCUAUUUUCUCUCCUCCAACCUCCGCCGUUUGUCCUACGCUUCUGUUCUGUCGGGCGCUGCGACUGCACCUGAGAAUACUACCACUGACCGUUUAUCGUGGGAUCCGCCUGACAACCAUCGUCAUCAUCGUCUUUAUCUUCCCCCGCCUUUCCGUCAUCAGCUUCAGGACCACAACCACAACCACCUCCAGAAUCCCUUUUCUGACGGCCAGACUCCAUUCUCUCCUUUGCUGCUGAAUGCCGAUAUGCAGAUGAAUUCCGCUGCUUGGAGGUCGGGAACGACGGCGACAUACAGUAGCAACAAUAAUACUACGACUACGACCGAACAUCCCCUGCCUCCCUACUCUCGAAAAUUCGUCAGUUACCCUCAAUAUAACAACUAUAAUAAUACGUUCCUUCACGGUCCCGGCAGCUUACACGACCCUUUCAAUCCCGCCCCGUUCUUCACACCCUCCUACCUCCGAAACUCAAGCUACGCCGCCCGACUGCAGUCCGACCAUCGAGCUCGAAUCGCAUCCGGCGAGAACGAUGAUAUCCCCCUCCCAUCGAACCCCUUCUCAACACUAUCUUCUUCCUCAUCCUCCGCCUCGAGCCAUGCGAAUUUACCCCGGAUAGCUCCGUCUCAUCGCGGCAUGACCCAUGAGGUCAUCGAGCGAGAACCCCCCAGCAUCGACGACCAUAUUCCCCCGCUGCCGACUCGAUGGAGUGAGACGGACAAAUACCCGACACUUGAGAUGAUGCAUGGGGGUCUGGAGCUUCGGUACACAGGGCCGCUCAAUAAGCAUGAGCAUGAAGCAGCUGCGGCGCGUACGGAUUAUCCGAUGCCACCGCAGUGUGGGAUCUAUUAUUUUGAGGUUACGAUUCUGUCGAAACCGAAGGAUGGGAUGAUUGGCAUCGGGUUCUCUGGUGGUAAAGCGUCGAACGAGAGACUCCCCGGGUGGGAGACAGACUCAUGGGCCUAUCAUGGAGAUGAUGGCAAAUCGUUCUUUGGGGAGAAUCAGGGACAGGGGCGACCGUAUGGUCCAACAUUCGGUGUGAAUGAUACUGUCGGCUGUGGUGUGAAUUUUGCUACGGGAUGUGCGUUUUUCACUAAGAAUGGUGUCUUUCUCGGAAAUGCGUUCCGGGAAUUGAAAAACAUGAAGUUGUACCCGUCAGUAGGGAUGAAGAAACAUCCUACUGUUCAUCUGAUCUCCAACUUUGGGCAACAGCCAUUCAUGUUUGAUAUUGAUGGCAUGGUCAAGAGAGAAAAAGCGGCGGUUUACUCAGAUAUCAGCCGCACCAGUACUGCGAACCUUCGACCCUCAUUGGGCGAGGACGCGCUUCUUCAUGAACUGGUGGCUCAGUUCCUGGCUCAUGAUGGCUACAUCGAAACAGCUCGAGCCUUUGCUGAAGAAGUGGCAGCUGAGACAGCGGCAUUGAACGGCCAUGGAGAUCCGUUGAAGAAAUAUGAAGUGGAAGAGGAUCUCGAAGCGAUUAACCGGCAGAAAAUCCGGGCAGCCAUUUUGGAUGGCGAUAUCGACAAAGCCUUGAAAUAUACUAAUGCCUACUACCCCAAAGUCCUAGAAGACUACCCUCACAUUCAAUUUAAAUUACGAUGUCGCAAAUUCUUGGAGAUGAUGCGUCAAUCGAACGAUCUGUCGAUGGCAGCCGCAGCCAAGCGCAGCAAGUCAGCUUCCAACGGAGUCUCGGACGGUAAUGCUGUGUAUGGUCAGGAGAUGGAAGUGGACGACCAAACGCAAGACGGAGACGGGUGGGAAGCCGAUGGCAUGGACACGGACGAUCCAGAAGCAGCAGCCAAGUUCCAGACGCUCCUGACGGAGGCCGUGCAGUACGGACAGCAGUUGCGUAUGGACUAUCCGACCGACGAACGAGGGGGCAACAAGAAAAUGCUGGACGACAUAUUUUCUCUAGUAGCAUAUCCGGAUCCACGACGAUCAGUUCACGGACAUUAUCUGGACCCGGCUGGACGAGUGGUGGUUGCUGAAGAGCUGAACUCGGUCAUUUUAGUCUCUUUAGGGAAAGCAUCGUCGGCGGCGCUGGAGCGAGUUUACCAGCAAACAGAGGCACUGGUGAAUGAGGUUAGUGACGAGGGGGGUGCGGGGGCGUUUAUCAAUAAAUUUGUCCGGGCCAUGGAAUACAAAUACGAACAUCAUCAUCCGAUUAAUAAUGGCGGCAUUAUACGUUGUUGUUGUGGUCAGCCCGAGUGCGCAUUCCUGCGCGAAAACCAGUUGGCGCUGGAGGCUGUUGAGAAGAACCUCGAGACCGCCGCGCGAUUGGGACAGGCCCUCCUCCAUCGCCAUGAGUCCUACAUCGCCGAGGCAGAAGAGGACCGUCGCCGGUUACUCGACAGCAUCGACGCCCUCGAGCGCGAGCGUCGACAAGUCCAGACUGAAAAUGCGCGCAUGAUCCAGGAGAACAGGAGUCUGGUCGAGCAGCUCGAUGCGUUGAAUAAUACCGUCGCUGAUUCCGACGCGCAUGUUAACUCGUUGGCUGUUGCGUUGGAGAACACCGAGGCUGAGCUGCGUACUGUUAGUGCUAGUGCUGCGCGGGCGGCGGAGCUGGAGGCUCAACUUAAUCGCAUGGAAAUUGAGCAGUCAAGGUUGCAGGAUAGUUUGAUGUCUGCGCGUGAGGAUGAGAAGUCUGCUUCGACGCGGUGGAAGAAGGCUGAUUCGACAAUGCGCGAGCUACAUGAGCAGGUUGAGCGGUUGGAGAAGGAGGCGCGCGAGGGGCGAGAGAGUCAUGCGGAUCUUGUCCAACGUAUGGAGCGGCAGAGAACUGUUGAGCGGGAGCUGGAUGGUGCGGCUGGACGGUUGAAGGGUGCUGCUCCAGUGCACCAACAUGUUGGCCGCCAGCCUCAUCAGACCAGUGUUGUUUCGCGCUUUGUUAGGGAUAUCUUGCAGGACAAUGCGAAUCUGCAGAUUGGGGUCAUGGAGCUGCGGGAUAUGCUCGAGAGUUCGAAUCAGGAGGUGCAGAACUUGCGCGACCAGGUUCUGUCGCAUCACCCGCUAAACCAUGACGAGGGAGAUGGAGAGGAACGCAGACCGUCGUCUGAAUCCCAGCCGGCAGUAGGCAAGAGACUGAGCCAGGAGUUGGACGGACCUCGUGUAUCGCCAGAGUACCACAUCCAUCAUCACUAUCACCCGCCGUCGUCGACACCAAAGAAGGAGAAGCCGAAGCUGAGCCGUCGAUUGACAAAGAAGAGACGUUCGCUGGGCAAUCCGGCCUUGAUGCAUUCGGCCCGUCAACCGUCUGUCUCCUCCACAUCGACGAUCCUCUCUCAGACCUCUGUUUCUAUUCCUCCGUCAUCGCAUCGUUGGUCCGCGCAUUCGUCUGCUACAGAGUCGCUGGCAAGCUCCCCGACUUCAGGAUGCCACAACCGUCCAACAUCCAUCUUUGACCGGAUGGAGCGAGGAUUCGAUUCAUCCCAGCCAACAAGUCCAGAGUUAUCUCCUAUGUUCAAGGGGGUAGCUCGACAGGGCAGGACUCUCGAUCUCCCGUUCAGAGAAGACUCAUUUGGCCGCGCUAUCGAGGAUGAACUUGCGAAUCUGGAUGCCCUGAAUGACCACUGCACAACCGUUCCCGCAAUCCCAGAAGAGGGAGAAGACUAUUUGCAAGAGAACGGUAACCAACGACCCGUAACGCCCGACAUGUACCUUCGCCGUCGACGCGGUUCUCACGAUAGCUUCCUAUCCGUGGCAGGCAUGGACAUUCACACGCCCAGUCGUCGACGCUCUCGCACGGGCGGACCGGGACCAAUACCCAUUGCUGGAAUCCAUCGUCGCAACUUCUCGUCCGGCGAAGUAUACUCGACGCCGCCGGUGAUCGCGACGACAACUGUCACGGCCGAUCGAGAGGCCCCGUCUAAGAACCCGCACUCCCCGCGCAGCCUGUUGGCAUCUGUCUGUCGAAGCCAGGGCCAGUCCCAGGAGACAGAAAACACACCAGCAGCGCGCACCUCACCAUCACGCAAGCCAUCAAUUACCCGACGAGUCGGCGGCUGGGUACGAGGACGCUGGGGAACAGCACCUGUGGCUGCACCUGCACCUCGGCCAUCUGAAACUGCAUCCCAAACACAGCCACCAAGCUCAUCACCAGCCGUGGAUGCGCUCACCAGGAACCAGAAUAAGGCUAAGGCGGAGCAUGUACCUGCGCCUGACGCUGCGUUCCGGUUCCGGCAUCCUGGCGUCAACCAAAAGGGCCCGAUUAUGGGGUUUCGGCCGUCGCCUCAUCCGCCUAUCUCUGUGCAUGCGGAGGCUGUGGAUGAGGGGGCGUUGAGGGAGAGUUUGGCCGAGUAG